UAGGAGGUUCUUAUGUCGCAACUUUUUCUUUCGUUUUCAUUCAUCUUGUGGAUGACUAAGUGGAACUAGGUUGCGGUUGAUAACAUCCUCAUGUAUACCGUGACUCAUCUAUUUCGGAACAAUUAGAGUAAUUGAAGUUGAGGGGAGAAGGAUCAGGAAAUACAUUAUCCAAAACAUUUCACAAUUGACAAUCACUUUACACAGAAUUUCCGGGUAUAGUCCUAAAAUUCUUAAUUAGAGUAGAAAAGUUUAAGUGCCGUAAGAAGUUUUUUCAUCGUCAACGACCCCGUAGCAUGAGAGUUUAUUGGUGAUAAGGUCAUAUCGAUUGUUGGUAUUCUCUUGUUCAACGAGAUAAGAUAUGGAGGAAUGGUUGAAUGCUCUGAGAACUGGUGGUGAAGGUAGAACAAAGGGUGAACAUGGGACUGCCGAAUUUCUUGGUGGUAAUCAUCAAUGGUAUGCUACAAGUCAUGCAAGACCAACAUACUGCAAUGUUUGUCGAGAUGCACUCUAUGGUGUUACAUCGCAUGGACUCAGCUGUGAGAUUUGUAAAUAUAAAGUACACAAGAGGUGCAGUCUUAAAGCAAUUAAUAAUUGUAAAUGGACUACUCUGGCAUCGAUAGGGAAGGAUAUCAUAGAAGAUCACGAUGGGAAUAUUCAAAUGCCGCACCAAUGGCUGGAGGGGAACUUACCAGUGUCUUCCAAAUGUCCUGUGUGCGAUAAAACAUGUGGCUCAGUUCUCAGGCUACAAGAUUGGAGGUGCCUGUGGUGUAGAGCUACGGUUCAUACAGCUUGCAGACCAUUGUUCAGCCUCGAAUGUCCCUUGGGCCCUUCUAAGCUCAGUGUUGUACCUCCAACUGCAUUACACAGUAUAGGUAGUGAUGAGGCUUGGGAGGCAGUUAGGCCAGUUGGAUGUAGUCCAUUAUUAGUGUUCGUCAAUAGCAAAUCUGGUGACAAUCAAGGAAUGAAAUUUCUAAGGAGAUUUAAGCAAUUAUUAAACCCCGCGCAAGUUUUCGAUUUGAUCAAAGGAGGACCUGGACCAGGGCUAAGGCUCUUUCGACAUUUCGACCCGUUCCGGAUUCUGGUCUGCAGCGGAGAUGGGUCUGUUGGUUGGGUCCUUUCGGAGAUCGAUCGGUUAGGAAUGCACAAACAAUGCCAAGUGGGUGUUCUCCCAUUGGGUACAGGAAAUGAUCUAGCCAGAGUACUUGGUUGGGGAGCGUCUUGCGAUGAUGACACUCAUUUGCCGCAGUUAUUAGAAAAGUACGAGAAAGCAGGCACUAAAAUGUUAGAUCGAUGGAGUAUCAUGACCUUUCAACGAAGUAUUUCUCUUCCGUGUCAUAAAAUGUCACCUAAUCAAUCCAAACCAGUAUUGAGUGUCUCAAUAGUUCAUCAGUACGAGGAUAAUGUCAUAUCACAUCUAACAAAUAUGAUACAGUCUAAUCAGGAUACUGUAACGAUAUCCAGUGCCAAAGUUCUCCGUGAAACUGUAAAGGAUUUUGCUACAAAAUUACUCGAAGCAAAUCUUCACAUGGAUGAUCAAAUAUUGUGUGAAAAGUGUCGGAUACUAGAGCAUGAAGUGGAUCAAUUACUUCAAAUAAUCAAUAAUGAUGAUGUGCCAGUUAACAAUGAUGAAGAGCAAGAUGUAAGAACACUUGAAUCAGAUCCAUAUCCAUCAACCGGAGAAUUUGAAAAAGGGGCACUUGAGAAACCUGAGAAAGAUAUCACGAAUCUAAAGCGUGUAAGGAAGAUUCGUGAUUCUCUUGAGCAGGAUCGAAUAUUAUCAAAAGUAAAUAGUUUGAAACGUGCCAUACGACAGCUAGUUGAGCAUGCAGAAGUAUUCAUUGAUGAACAAAAAAAUGCAUCUAUAAAAGUAUCCAAUAAACACUUUAACAUGGCGGUAAUUUCCGAGGAUAACAGUCCUACAAACCGAAUGGACCAGGAUUAUUUGGAUUCUAAGUGCUUACCCAGUGAUAGUAGUAUUUUUCUCCUACCAUCACCUAUUUCAUCUGAAAGUAGUGAUGUUUCCCCCUGUGCUAGUCCUAUGCCCAAUUUAGUUUCUUUGAGCCCGAUGCCUGAUUUACGAAGAGAUUCACAAGCUGAAGAUAUGUUGACGCUACCGGCGCCAGAUGGAUUUGCAGAUAGUCGAAGAAAUAGUUCAAAUACUGCUCAAGGGGUUUUCCAUUUUUCAACACCAGCGGACAGCGUUUCAAUUCAACGUGCGAUGGAAGUAGUAGCAGAGCAACAGUCUGAACAAUCUCAAUUAGAAACUCUAACAGAUAAUCAAAUAACCGUAACAAGUACCACAUUAGAUACCACUUCAAAAUCUGAUGACACUACAAUUCAGGAUGUGAUGAUAUCACCGGAUUCUGAUUCUCCGAACUCGAUAAACAUGUCGCUGGUACAUAGGACUGAUCACGCAACUAAAACGGAAAACUCAAAAAGCAGUGGUAGCAAUAGUAUUGCCAGUUCGGAUAGUAUUGUAUCUGAUACACUCGAUUCAAAAAGCUUCACCAUCAAGCACAGUGAGAGUGAAAUUGGACACAUAGACAGUGAUAUUUUGGAUUCGACUAAGCUGUCAGAAAGUCCUGAUAUAGGACACAUUGAUUCGCCCGAACUUUCAGAGCUGCAAAAUUCCGAGAGUCUCAUUGAUGAUCUGAGUUCCCUAGGGCAGGACUUGAUGAGUACAAUGUUGGGUGAAAAGUACGAUUCAGUGCGCGAAUGUAUCGAGACUGUUGCAGCCAAACCAAAAAAAUAUUGCAGUCUAGCACAAUUUGUUGAGGGCAAUGAUAUCGCAAGGAGAUCUUUCAAAAGACCAUCUCGAUAUGUUUCGUCCUUGUUAAGAGAAGACCAUAGGGAUGGUGAGCAUUUAUUGGAUGGAAAAAGGGAUUUAUUGAGCCCAGUGUGUUGCUUCAAAGUGACUUCUGAUUCAGGCCAGGACGAGAAGACUCCCCAAAAUUUUCCUCCAGCAAUAAGCGUUAUAGUUGAUCCUCCUAGUCCAUCGAUGUCAGUGGGAAGUCACAUUGAAGAUUAUCCUCCGAAAGAGGGGAGAUUGAGCAGAUGUAGUAUGGAGCGGUUGAGUGUAGAAUUACCAGAACUUGGUUUCUCUCCACAAGCAACCCGUCGAAUAAGCAGUGGCAGUUUGUUGAAAGCUUCUGAGGUUGUCUCAUUAGCCGCUACGGCGGCAAGGUUCGGUGGGUCAAGUAUGAGUCUUCGUCAUGAUCGAGCGUCAUCGGUAGAUAAAACAGAAGACGUUAAAAAAUUACCAAUAAUUAAUCCUCUCGUGAGACUUCCGAUGUGGCCAAAUGUGAGUGGUGGAGCAGGUUUAAUAAGUCAGGCCCUUCUAGCAAAUGCUGAUGCUCUUUGCGCUGCAGUUUCACCUUUAAUGGAUCCUGAUGAAACUCUAAUGGAGGGCUAUUUUGAACGUUGUGUAAUGAAUAAUUACUUUGGUAUUGGUAUUGAUGCAAAGAUCAGUCUAGAUUUCCAUCAGAAAAGAGAGGAGCACCCUGAAAAAUGCAGAUCAAGAGCUAAAAAUUAUAUGUGGUAUGGAGUUCUUGGAUCGAAACAAUGGCUUCAAAAGACCUAUAAAAAUCUUGAACAAAGAGUACAACUUGAGUGUGAUGGUCAACGAAUUCCUCUGCCCUCACUGCAGGGCAUUGUUGUCCUCAAUAUUCCCAGCUUUAUGGGAGGAACAAAUUUCUGGGGUGGUACUAAACAAGGCGAUUUAUUUUUAGCUCCCUCGUUCGACGAUAGAAUUCUAGAAGUUGUUGCUGUUUUUGGAUCCGUUCAGAUGGCUGCCUCUAGGCUCAUUAAUUUACAGCAUCACCGAAUCGCACAAUGCCAGACUGUGCAAAUUAAUAUUCUAGGUGACGAGGGUGUUCCAAUUCAAGUUGAUGGAGAGGCGUGGAUACAACCACCCGGUAUCAUUAGAAUCAUUCAUAAGAACCGCAUGCAGAUGUUGUAUAGGAAUCGUGCUCUUGAGACGUCCUUGAAAACGUGGGAGGAGAAACAAAAGAGUAAUACUUCCACUAUUGUAUCACAAUCGACGUCAACUCUGAGCAACCCAUCCAGGUCUCGUUCUAAUUCUCGUCGACUCACAAUAGACAGCAAGCCGAUACAAUUAUAUGAAGAGGAAUUCAAUAUUUUACUCGGAUUCAUUGAGGUUGUCACGACGUUAGUUAAGUGGGUUAAAUUGUUAAUUAUUUCUCAUCCAAGUCUGGAGCCUGAUCUAUACCAAAUUGCUGACAGAACUGCUAAUAGUUUGGAAAAAGUCCAUCCCGAUGGCAAGAUUCUUGAGGGGCCAAGUUUGAGACCUGUCGUCACUGAAGUCGUUACGAAUGCCAGACAAUUAUAUGAAGAAUCAUGCGAGCUACUCAGAGAUAAAGCCCAUAAGCUUAUGUUGCGUGAGGACUUGGAAAACAAAUUGUCCCAGGCAUUAGCAACAAUGGAACAAGAAUUGCGAAAAUGUGUCUUUGAUGAAGCUGGCACAGGAAUGGUAUAUCUUCAGAAUAUAACAUCGGAUGAACAGGGUGAUAGAAAGAAUCGUCAUCGUGGUUUGUUUUGGUUGAAGUUUCGUCGUUCUGGUGGGAAUAGCGGAAAUCAUCCAGCACGGGAUCAAGUAACAACAUGGGGCGUUCAGGAUGUAUGUAUUUGGUUGGAAAACCUUCAACUUGGCGAAUAUACUGAGCAAUUCAAAUCCCAUGAUAUACGUGGAAGGGAAUUACUAUCUCUUGCACGGAGGGACCUGAAGGAGCUUGGAAUUGUUAAAAUUGGUCACGUUAAACGUAUACUUCAAGCUAUCAACGACCUUAAUAACUAAACUUAGUACUUUUUCACUUAUGCUCUCUUCAAUGUUUUUGACUGAUAUCCGAAUUGUGAAUUUGAACAGAACGCAAGAUUAAGGCUGUGUUUGAAUUUUCAGAUAUGGAAAAUAUUGAAAUUUAACGUUUUCCUAUCUUUAUCAUAAUUACAAACUCAUAUGAGUUUUGUCUCUAAUGAGGACCAGAAACAGUAUUAGACACUUCUGUCAACAAGUAUGAAUUUUUUCAUUGGUAGUGCUAUUUAAAAAUGGCCUUGAGUCAGAUAGUUCUAUAUCCCUUUAAUGUUUGAUGUUUUUCUUUACCAAUUCGUUAUCUCAUGUAGACGUUGAAAAUUGAAAAUGUGUUUUUCCUUUUCAAUCGAUAACACGAUGAAAUCUUUUCGCACUGAAAAAUUAUAGAAUUCUAAUCAGGUCAAAAAACACAAAAAUUUCCUAAUAAGCAGUUAUUUUGUAAGACUUUCUUAUGUCUCUUUCAACUCCUCAUAAGUCGUGAUGUGAGAGUUUUUAUCAUUGGAAUCCAUUUUGAAAGUCAACAAUACAUACCCUUAAGAAUAUCGAUAUACAGACCAUUUAAUGUAAGGUAUAACUUUACUAGUUCACUUGUCUAAAAAUCCCAAUCAUUUACAAAACAAUAGGAGAACAAGAAAUUCAAUUUUCUCUACUUGUUCUUAGGAAUUCUUGUCUGGUAAUUGAUAUUACAUACUUCCCAAACUCGAAAACUUGAAAAUCACCAUGGAAUAAUAUUGUUCCUGCGCUGUAGUUAUGGUAUUUUGACUCCCUAAAUCCCACGGGCGUAUGACACGAGAAACCCAAUAACUACAGGCCGGAAAAAUACAAUUUGUUUCAAAAUAUCUCACCGUGACUUUUCUCUCUCACGUUACGACUGCAAAACGUCGGUGAGUUUGCGCGACUACCGGCUGGUCAAAAAUUGGCUAAACUACGAUUUUCUAUGGAACUCCAAAUUAGUAAAAUCAAUGGCGUUUUUCAAAUGUAAGAAAAAGUGAUAUUUAAUGGUUUAUGUCAUCUCUGUGCAAUAAGUGGAGUCUGAAGCAACGCCAAGUGCAAUUCUACAUCACUUCUACAUAGUGUGAUAUAAAAUAUUAUAGAUCACUCGGACAUAAUCUUCGUUUUCAACGAAUGCGACUACCUUCGUUUCCGCCUUGGGCUCGCAGAGUGAACAUGGCAUUUUACGAAAACGAAAUUUGUGUUCUUUUACUUUAACGUGCUAUUAUAUUCUGCGCAGAAAACUAUUGUAGGCUCUGUAAGAUGUUCAUUUUCAUUUCUCAAUGAAUACUCAACUUGAAAUGAUGAAAAAGUAAAUAUGUUGCAGAGCAGUUGUUAUAGACUUGAGUGUUUUUUUACGAAGCUCUAGUACCGUAGUUCUUAUUCAUUGGUGAGGAAAGAAACUUGGAUAUAAGAUACCAGACAACUUUGAAGGUCCGAUGGGUAUUUAUCAGAUUAACUUCUCCAUUACCGAUUCUGAUAAAUGAAAAAAUUAUUUAGAAUAUUAUAUUGUGAUGCUGAACUUUGUAAUGGGCCGAGUUCUGCCACAUCUAAUUAACCGGAUUUAAUAUAAAUUUAUGUAAGCCAUUACAUUACAUUACAUAAAAAUUACCGUAAGUUCUUCUCAUUCAUUCAUUGGGAAAAAUAGGCGAAUCGAUAUUAUAUUCAGAAUGUAUUGUUGAUCAGAAUUAGAAUGGAGAAAAUAAUCAUGAUGAUAUGAUUAGUUAAAAAAUCGGAAUCCAAUUGUUUUUCGAAAAAAUAUAUAAAAAGAAUAACGAAGCUCGGUAUUAAAUACUGUCAUGACCCUCAACAUGAAAGGGGAUUUCGUAUUUUUUUAAGUGAGCGUAUACGGGUGCACCUAAAUUCUACUGUAUCUUAGUCAAUUCAUUCAUUUUACAGAUGAUCAAUACUUUAUGAGUACUUAAUACCUAUAAAAUGUGUGGACACGGGGGGAGAAUUAGAUGAUUAUCGCUCUCUCCUCGAAUCCAUUGUAUGUUUAAAUUGUUACAAGCAAUUCCAUCAAAGAGAAAACUUGAAAAUUUCCUCUGAAAACUAAUGAAAAUGGUAACUCCAUAAUAAUUGUAUUUUUGCAAACUGUUAUAAAUCUUUUACAAAAAAAAAAGAAAGAAAACAACUUCCAAUUCAUAUUCUUCAACCACUUUAAAGUGUCCUUGACUUCGUCACAGACGAAUAAUGCAAUUGGGGAGAUUCCCGAUGAAAUUCUAACUUUUCAUUUUUCAGUUGGUUAAUAAACGCUGACAGAAAGAAAAACAAUAUUGAAAAUUCUCCAUGUUAAAUCAAUCAUAAAUUAUCUAUUAAGCAUACAAUGAAAUGAUCGAAUGAAUAUUAUCAUGCGAAUUAAACGAAGUAUCUUACGGGACUCAAAAUUAAAUAAGAUCAUUUAUUCUUAACAGUAUCUAAGGUCGGAGGAAAUACAGGUAAAAUUGUUUGUGGAAUGACAGACAGGCGAAUUACAAUAUUAUAAUUCCUAGGACAAUUCGAACUGAAGCAUCGUUAAAACAUUUUUCUAUCCUAAUAAUUUCGUUCACAUCUACAUUAUAGGAAAUGUUUUUUUGCGGACUCGUUUUAAUUUAAAAUCAUGCUUUGAAAACCACGUCAUCAAAGUUCAAAAAAAUUAGUCCGUUGAAUAAUACUUUAAAUAAUAUUACUCCCACACAGUACAUGGGGUUCGUUAUUCCCUCUCCCCAUUUCUGUGGACCCAUGGGGCCGACUUUUUCCCCCAGGUGUUGUAUUCGAUCUUCUACAAAUUUUCUUAACCAAGGAAAAUGCAUAGAAAAAGACUGACCGAUGUGGACGUCCAUUGAUAGUCUACUCGCAACCUGUGGCUCACUCAUAAUCUUUUUCAUAGUAGUUUUUAAAAAAUGUCUGUUUCUCGUGAAAAUAAGCCGAUUAAAAAAAAUAUGAAUAGAAUAGUUUUUAAACUUAUUACUCACUCCAAGUCUUAAAAAGCCGACAAAAACUGCUCGCUCUUACCGUCAGACUUAUUUUUUUUAUUGAGGAAAUGCAAAAUAUCAAAUUCAUUUCCAAUCCAUUUCAAAACGUAAACAGCGUCCUCUUAUUUUCAUUUUCAUACGUCUGUUCUAGUUUAUUGAAAAAUGUGAAAAAUUAAGGAAAAAAUCAUUCUCAAACAAUUGUUGAUGAUUAAGAUCUUCAUUCGAUUAUUGCAUUAUAUCGGAAUAAUUUUUUACUCACUUCGUCGUAACGAAAAUAGCAUGAGACAGUUGAUUAAAAAAAAAUAGUAGUAGAAUUGAGAUCCAAAUUAAAAAAUUCACGGGAUUGUUUGUUUUUGUAUUUCAAAUCUCCUUUAUUAUUUUUUUUUGUCGACUCAUCGAAUCAUGAAAUCGACCAGUUUUUCAAAGUUUUUCUAAACAUACCGACAGAAUAACAAGUUUAAAAAAUAUUCUAUGCAUGAAAAGUCCUUGCAAACACGCGGAUUAAAAAAAAAUCAUAUUAUAAGAUUGGUUUAUUUCAAUAAUUAAAGUCAAACGAAAUGAGAGCCAUUUAUCAAAAAGUAAAAUAUUCAAAAAAUCAGUGGUGGGUGAUAAGUUGCUUCGAGUAAUCUGAAUAUUAAUGAUUUUAAGAGUUUGAGUUCACUGAGAAUACGCAAUACGAAUAAAAUGAGAAAUUGGGAUCUUGCAUAGACGAAUACCAGAAGAUAUACGCAAUAAGGCUCACCAAACUUUUUUUAAUUGAAAGCUAUGGUCAAUUUGAUGGUAUGCACCAGUUUCGAGUUGUUGAAACGUUUUUGUUUGUUACUUUAUAUAUUAGGAAAAUGAGAUUCGCAAUAAGACGCCGUUACUGUGGAUCGAAUAAUGAGUAUAUAUUCCUAGCGAUUUUCGGGAUUGUUCCAAAAUUAUUAAGAAUUCGAUGAAUAAAUGCCAUUACGCACUUUGAGCAUUCUGUUAAUGAUGUUUAAUUGAGCCUAUGUAUGAUGAAAACAAUGAUAAAUUUUUUUCAUUUUUCCAUUUUUUUUUGGAAAAAAUGGCAGAAAAAAUGCGCAAAUUCAGUCCUAUACGUGAAUUAAAGGGAUAAUAAGAAGCGAAAUGAAGCAACUCUUGAAUGAGAGAUCUGAAACAAUAUUUGUAAAUAUAUUUUUCUCGAAUAACUUCAAUCAUUGUUAUGGAAGGUUCCAGCUGUUACAUUUACAUGAGAAACAAACGAGAAGAAAACUGAAAGACAAAAUUUAUUACUAUUCUGAUAAAUGAACGUUAAAGCACCAGUCAUCAUUGGUGUACGUUAUUGAACAAGUAUAUUCGAAUUUUUUAUUCUAAAGUAGUGAACUGCUGUUUGUUUUAUUCACUCAUAUUUCAUUUGAAUCUGAUGAAUGUUCGUUGAUGAUUAUAUCUCUUCUUCCUCAUCAAAUUGUUACUAGAUAUAAAUUUUUCCAUUUGGAACUCAUGGAUUCUCCCAAUUUUAGCACAUAAGUAUUAGCACACUAGGGGUCAAAUACACUUUUACGUUAUUUCCUUAACUGGAAUAUUAAAAUAGCACUUAAUUAUGUAAUCGCACAUUUCACGUUCUGUAUAACAUUGUGAAUUUAUUUGACUGAAUAGCAUGUAACUUUGAGAGAGACCACAGAUGAUUUUAGAAAAAACUGAAGGUAAUGAGAAUUUUUUCAGUAACAAUUGUGUUCAAAUAAUGAUUAUUUAAUCCAAAUUAUAAAUGGCAUCGUAUUACAUGCAGAUAUAAAAAUUAUAUUCUGAACUCAUAUAUGAAAUGCUGUAGUAGUUCUAGUCUGAAAAUCAUUAUCAAGCAUGUUUGAAUAGCAACGGUAUGACAAAUAACAAAGUAAGCAUUCAGCACUAAAAAGAAAACUGAAACGAAUAAUUAAUAGAUAUUUUGAAGUUAUACUCUCGUGACAUAUUAGAAAUCGUGAUGAUUCAAAUUUGGCAAUUCUGUGAUAACGAAUAUUAUUCCUAGUAUUCGAUAUUCGGUUUGUUGAAAAAUAACCAAGUUGUAUUAUCAAUUCAAUUCUAUAGUUUCAUUCUUCUUUGUGCGCCAUUUUAUUCCAUUGUUGUUCUAAUUACGAUCAUUGCAAUCCACGUAACAUUAAAAAGAUAAUCAAACAAUUAAAUCACUGAUGCACUCUACUAAUUUUAGGAAAUUACAAAAAAACAAAUGUUAAUUAUUAAAUAAAACGCCUGUUUGAAAAUAGA